AUAUAAGGUAGGUCAGUAAGGUAGCAAAAGCACAUCUGUUUUGUGCUCCUUCAGCUCUUUUUCCUGAUUCUUCUUGGGGAAGAUCUGAAAAGGUGGAAAAUGAGCAUCACAGAUGUCCUUAGCGCUGAUGACAUCGCAGCAGCCCUGCAGGAGUGCCAAGACCCAGAUACUUUCGAACCCCAAAAAUUCUUCCAGACGUCAGGCCUCUCCAAGAUGUCGGCCAGCCAGGUGAAGGAUGUUUUUCGGUUCAUAGACAAUGACCAGAGUGGAUAUCUGGAUGAAGAAGAGCUUAAGUUUUUUCUCCAGAAGUUCGAGAGUGGUGCUAGAGAGCUGACAGAGUCAGAAAAGUCCUUGAUGGCGGCUGCAGAUAAUGACGGAGAUGGGAAAAUUGGGGCCGAUGAAUUCCAGGAAAUGGUGCAUUCUUAAAAGCUCCAGGCUGUGGAGAUAGAGACAAUCAGCCGGAAGACCUCCAAAGCCCUAGGAAUGGGAAACCCCACUUCCUCCCCCUAGUUUAUUUAUUCAUUACCCCCCCAGCCCCCACAGAAGUGCUUCUGCAAUUGACUUCCUGUUUUAGCAAGGUAAUAAGACAGUCAUUUGUGAAUUUUCGGUGGUCGGUGGUUGGUAUACCUGAUGACUCCUGCAAGGCCCUCGGCAGA